CUAUUUAAUGCUAGAGAAAUUGAGGUAAACACCGUAUUUUAAUUAUCUUGCAGUAACUAUAUACUUAAAAGAAUUUUUAAAAAUAUUCAAAUACUAUAUACCAAUAACGCAUGGAGGUUUCGCAAAGCAAUUCGGUGUGAAUGUUUGUUGGGUACUGUAUAAUAAUCCACCGAAUUGCUAAUUUGAAAAAGCUUGCAAUUUUAUUCCACAUUGAAUAUUUGUAUUUGAAUUUAAAAUGUUUGGCACUUUUAAAGCAUCACCCAAAAGGAAAAAGCAAAAAGAUGGAAGAAUGUGGAAUUUGUCAGGCAUUUUUACUGAACUGGGCACAUCGCAUAUGUGCAUUAAAUUUGCCGAAGAGAACAACCUGUUACCUAAAACUAUGAUGUGUCCUCUCCACAAAACUUGUAUGUUUCUAAAACAACCGGACCCCGAUCUAGUAGGAGAUUUCUACUGUAUCAAAGACAGUUGUAGAUCAAAAACAGUAAUUUCUCAAGCCCGAGGGACAUUGUUUGAAAAUACAGAUUUAUGUUUACCACGAAUUUUUUAUUUAAUAUAUUGUUUUGCACAACGAUUCGAUGAAAGUGCUGCACAAUUGGAGGAUUUCAUUCGAGGCAGCCGGAUGUCAAUCGACACUAUUCGAGAGUGGUAUGUUCACUACAGGCAAGUAAUUGCGAAAUAUCAAUUGUAUCAGCAGGAUCACAGAGGGAAAAUGGGUGGGCCACAGAAAAUCGUACGCCUUUACGAUUACAAAUUCGGGUUUGAAAAACAUGGCAAAGGAAUCUCAAUAGAAGGCGAUUGGAUCCUUGGCAUAAUGGAGGAAGGUGCAGAUAACUUAAUAUUCGAGUUAUGCCCUCAAGAUGAACACUCGUCUGGUAGCAUUAUGCCUCUAAUUCAAAAGCAUGUUAUCAGAGGUACUACCAUUUGUGCACACGCUGCAGGAAAAUAUGAUUUCACAUCAGACCACAAUUAUGUUAUUUGCAACAGAAAUACUUGUGAUAUACUUAACCCAAACGCAGCACAAAGGAGGUUAAUGAUUGGACUAUUUAAUGAGAAUAUAUCCAGUACUAAAAUUAUCUCUGCUGAAUCCAUAUUAGAACGUAUAUGGCGAAAAAACAUGGAGAAGAGAGGAGAGCAACCUUUCAAUGGCUUAAUAAAAGCACUUGAAUAUGUUUAUAAUUGUAAUUAAACGAAUUUACUAAACAUUUUUAUAAAAAUAUCUUUAACUGAAUUCAAAAAA